UGAAAGUGCGCGUGUGGUGCCCGUCUUCGUUCGAUGGCCCAGCCAGAAGCCGCUGCUGCUGCUGCGGUGCCCGGAGUUCGCGUGAUGGUUCAUGCUCCUUGACGAGAUCGUCAAGGUAUCGUGGUUAAUUUGUGACAAGCACUUUGCGUGCCAUAUGCGCGACCUGUUCAUGUCGUCAUUCGGCAACCUCUGGUGACUGCGUCCAGCAGACGACGCAGACACUGCGCGUUCAAGGCUGCCCAGAGCGUAGGGAGCUAAAAGUGGGCAACUUUCCACGUGAUGAUUGCGCGUGGCCAACGUGGACGUCGGUCGUAACUCUAACCGUGAAAGCUCCUCGUCCACACCAGCGGCCUGAGGCUUUUCACCGCCGAGUUCGACGCCAACGCACGACGCCGCUGCGGGCUCCCAAGCCGCAUUGGAGCAUCCGCGAUGGGGGCAGCGAACUCGAUUUCACCCACGGAGAGAGAGAGCGGUCAGCAAAAGAGAAGGGAGCCAGCCCUCUUUGCAGAGGGGAUGGCCCACGUCACCACCACGCAGGGAAAUCGCAGUCAUUGCCUGAGGAAAGCACAAAGGACUUUGACCCAAACGUCCUCGCGUUGACGUUGCAUUCAUUAGUGAAAAGCAUUAAGCCGCCAUUUUGCGUGAAUAUACUCGAAGCCAGCUGCGUGGAGGGUUGGCGUAACCAGAGACGGAUCACAUUACGGACCAACUCCCGCACAUCGGACAAAGUGGACGGACGCGGUGGAAGGAACGUGGCAACAUUUCAAAACCUCCGGACGUUGGGAACUUACCCGGGCUUGUUCUCGCCACCGUUCACGAUCUCACUGCCGCGUGCUCCUCCACUGCCCUUCGAUCAACCCGUGGGCGACCGGCACACCCACCCACCCACGGCGAGAAGGCCCGUGAAGGCCCAUGGCUUUCGGUGACGCCAACGCGACGGCCGUCGGCGGCGCGUGCGUUGAGUGGCUGUGGUCGCAGCGAUGGUACGCCGCCCUGAACAGCGUCGUCUACAGCGUCACCUUCGUGGUCGGCUGCCUGAUCAACGGGCUCGCUCUCUGGGUCUUCACGCACACCUCCAAGAAGAACAAGGUGCACAUCUUCAUGAUCAAUCUCACCGUCGCGCACCUCAUCGCCAUCGCCUUCAUACCCUUCCGCCUCUUCCACUUCAUCACUGGCGGCUGGUCGCUCGGCAAGUCGUUCUGCCGCGUCCUGGUGGCCGCCCGCUGCGUCUUCUCGGCGGCCACGCUUUGGUUCUUCACGUGCAUCAGCGUCGAGCACUACCUGGCCGUGGUGCACAAGGUGGCCGCGGGGCCGAUCCGCCGGGCCAAGGUUUACCGGCUCGCCAGCGUGGCCGUGUGGCUUCUGGUCGCCACGCAGAUCCCGCCGAUCAUGCUCACGGAGGAGGCCGGCAAGGCGGUGUGCAGUGGCAGCUGCCACAAGAUGAGCGUGAUCACGUCCUGGCGGGAGAUAUGGCUGCAGCAGCUGGUCAUGACCAUCUUCCACUUCCUGGCGCCGUUCGCCGUCAUCACCGUCACCUACUUUCACAUCGUGAGGUUCCUGCUGGGCAAGAGGCACCACGGCGGCGGUGGCCGCGUCAAUUUCGGCGGCAGCUUGAGCGGCAGCAAGGGCAGGUCGAAGUCCCUGAGGAUAAUCUUCACGAUCGUCGGCUUGCUGGCGGUCUUCUACAUGCCCUACCACAUCGGCAUAACCAUCCACCUGGGCACACAGUGGCUGUGGAGCGACGCGGCGGAUGGCUGCGGCGUCUCGGGCGCCGUCAUCGCCUGCCUAUCGCUGCUCAUGGACGUCAGCUGCUGCGCGCUCUUCCCGCUCUACUUCCUCGUGUCCAAGUACUUCAGGCAGCGCUUUAACAGCGUGCUCGUCUACCAGCGCUACCUGUCGAGGCUCACGAGGAAGAGGCGUGCGUCCGUGGCCAUGGACUCCCUGGAGUGACCGCCGCGGUUGCCAUCGGCGGCAGCAUCAGCAUCGUCAGCGGCGUGUGUCGAGUUUGAGGCCAGGAGGUGCUUUCGUUCGAACCGCGUGUGCGGUGCUCAUGGGACUUGCCAGGGAUGAGAUACUCAUUUGGAAGAGUGACGAAGUGUGUGUGUGUAUGUGCACUUUUUGUUGAACUUCUUUCGCGCCGUACAUAGCCAACUGCGCUAAUAGGAGGUUGCAGGCAGGGGGGGGCACACGCAAACUCAACACACAAAGCCGUUUUCAAGAAAUCAGUUUUGAAUCUAGAUUUCAAAGUGCCGCAGCUCCAGUGGCUUCCUGCAGCAACGAAGGACCAAGUAGAAAUCGGCACAAAAACAACUGCGCCACGCGAGAAAUCGAAAACGUCGCACGAGCACAAAGACACUUUCGCACGGGCAGACAACUUUUAGACCAAUGAUGUUGUACAAUGACAUGAGUUGCAGAAACGCCAAACAGAAAUUUUUGGCGACUAUCGCACCGACGUGUAAACACACCGCGUUGUAAGGAGUCAGCUGCAGUUGGCAGUGACGUUAUCGUAAAGGAUCGACAGCUCAGCGUCAGAAUUGUUGUUUUGGUAGGUGGGUGACCGAGGACAUAUUUGAAACGGUGGCAUUCCAGGAAUUUGAGGUAUUCACGGAGAAAUAUGCCCACCGCAUUUACACCGAAUAUGGAACUCUGUGUGAGUCUACUUGGUUUCGCUAUGAGUCUGUGGGUCUGUGUGUGAGUCGAGGGGCAUCUGUGUGAGGCUGUCAGGCUGUGCGUGAGGCUAUUGGUUUCUCUAUCUCGAUGUAUCUAUACGUCUAUGCCUCUCCCUAUAAGUCUAUGGGUGUCUGUGUUAGUCUAUGGAUCUAUGUGUGAGUCUAUUGCCUUAUCUAUGAUUCCAUGGGUCUCUCUCUCUCUAAGUCUAUGGGUCUCUGUGCGAACCUUUGGAUCUACGUAUGAGUCUACCUAAAGCGAUGGGGUUUCAGGCGUUUGGGGCAUAAGCAGAGAAUGAGUGAGAACCGCGUGACCUGUUUUGUUCUCGGUCAGACAUUUGUGACGAUGUGUGACGAGGGGGUUGGGGGUUUUAGAAAUGUGAUGUCACAUCAAAAUGCGCAACUUUA